GCGCGGGAAGCCGCUCCGUGCGAACUGCUCUUCCCUCGCCUGGGAGGCUGUCGCACCCUUCCUGCUCCUUGUUCGCUUUGCCUGAGCCUGCAGAGGUGAAGCUUGUCGGCUCCCCGUCCGGCCGUGACGUGCUGUUGCGCCUCGGGUGAGGGGAACAGGACUGCGUGGCGCGCAGAGGACCGACCUUCCUCCUGAAAAUACUAGUUCAUACAACACGGUUCAGGUAGGCAAAGGGAAAGAUGCCGGCCACACAGAAGCCCAUGAGGUAUGGACAUACGGAAGGACACACCGACGUCUGUUUUGAUGAUUCUGGAAGUUUUAUUGUGACUUGUGGAAGUGAUGGUGACGUGAGGAUGUGGGAAGAUUUGGACGACGAUGAUCCCAAGUCCAUUAAUGUGGGAGAAAAGGCAUUUUCAUGUGCCUUGAAGAAUGGAAAAUUGGUCACUGCAGUUUCUAAUAACACCGUCCAAGUCUAUACAUUCCCUGAAGGAGUUCCUGAUGGCAUAUUAACACGCUUCACUACAAAUGCAAACCACGUGGUCUUCAAUGGAAAUGGUACUAAAAUUGCUGCUGGGUCAAGUGAUUUUCUGGUCAAAGUUGUGGACGUGAUGGAUAACAGCCAGCAGCAAACAUUUAGAGGACACGAGGCCCCUGUUUUAAGUCUGUCUUUUGAUCCUAAGGGUACCUUUCUGGCAUCAUCUAGUUGUGAUGGAACUGUCAGAGUGUGGAAUGUUUCUGAUCAGACAUGUGCUGUCAGUUGGCCAGUACUACAAAAGUGUAACGAUGUGGUGAACGCCAAGUCCAUCUGCAGACUCGCGUGGCAGCCCGAAACCGGGAAAUUACUAGCAGUUCCUGUGGAAAAAUCUGUUAAGCUGUACAGAAGAGAAACUUGGAGUAAUCCGUUUGAUCUUUCCGAUAGUUCUAUCUCUCAGACACUCAAUAUAGUUACCUGGUCUCCCUGUGGGCAGUAUUUGGCUGCAGGUACUAUUAAUGGCUUAAUUAUAGUUUGGAAUGUGGAAACCAAAGACUGCAUGGAAAGGGUAAAACACGAGAAAGGUUAUGCAGUUUGUGGCCUGGCCUGGCAUCCUACUUAUGAUCGAAUAUGUUAUACUGAUGUGGAAGGGAACCUUGGGAUCCUGGAAAAUGUCUGUGACCUCGGUGGAAAGGUGUCAAACAAUACGGUGUCUAGUAGAGUGGAGAAGGAUUACAAUGACCUUUUUGACGAAGAUGAUACAAGUAGUGCUGGCGAUUUUCUAAAUGACAAUGCGGUUGAGAUCCCUUCUUUUCCAAAAGGAGUUAUAAAUAAUGAUGAGGAGGAGGAUGAUGACCUCAUGCUGGCUGCAGAUCGUCUCAGACGGCGAAGCCAUGUCUUGGGAGAUGAUGAAAACUCAGUUGAUGCUACAGUGCUAAAAACUGAUCUUCACAAAGAGGAAGGGGAAGAUGACCAGGCAGGCAGUCUUCACAAUCUCCCCCUUCCAAAACCCCAAAGGCCGUUCUAUGAUGGGCCCAUGCCAACCCCCCGACAAAAGCCGCUGCAGCCGAGUUCUACACCCUUGCAUCUCUCUCACAGAUUCAUGGUGUGGAACUCUGUUGGGAUUAUUCGCUGCUAUAACGAUGAUCAAGACAGUGCCAUAGAUGUGGAGUUCCACGACACCUCCAUCCACCAUGCAACGCACCUACCCAAUGCAUUCAAUUACACAAUGGGAACUCUUUCCCAUGAAGCAAUUUUGUUGGCCUGUGAAAGCACUGAUGAAUUAGCAAGCAAACUUCACUGCCUGCACUUCAGUUCCUGGGAUUCCAGCAAAGAAUGGAUAGUAGACAUGCCUCAGAAUGAGGAUAUUGAAGCCAUUUGUCUCGGUCAAGGGUGGGCUGCUGCUGCUACUAGUUCCUUGCUCCUCCGGCUGUUUACUAUUGGAGGUGUUCAGAAGGAAGUCUUCUGCCUUCCUGGACCCGUGGUGUCAAUGGCGGGACAUGGAGAACAGCUUUGCAUUGUUUACCAUAGAGGUACAGGGUUUGAUGGAGAUCAGUGCCUUGGAGUUCAGCUGCUCGAGUUGGGGCAAAAGAAAAAACAGGUUUUGCAUGGCGACCCUCUUCCUCUUACAAGGAAAUCCUACCUUGCAUGGCUGGGGUUUUCUGCUGAAGGUACUCCCUGUUAUGUGGAUUCUGAAGGCUGUGUUCGAAUGCUUAACAGAGGCCUUGGGAAUACAUGGACUCCUAUAUGUAACAUAAGAGAACACUGCAAAGGAAAAUCUGAUCACUACUGGGUGGUUGGUAUCCAUGAAAAUCCCCAGCAGCUAAGGUGCAUCCCUUGUAAAGGGUCUCGGUUCCCUCCCACCCUUCCACGUCCCGCUGUGGCCAUAUUAUCCUUUAAGCUUCCUUAUUGUCAGACUGGGACAGAGAAAGGCCAGAUGGAGGAACAAUUUUGGCAUUCAGUCUUGUUUCACAACUACCUUGAUUACUUGGCUAAAAAUGGUUAUGAUUAUGAGGAGAGCACUAAAAAUCAGGCAGUAAAAGAACAGCAAGAACUUUUGAUGAAAAUGCUUGCGCUUUCUUGUAAACUGGAACGGGAAUUUCGCUGUGUGGAACUUGCCAGUCUGAUGACGCAAAAUGCUGUCAACUUAGCCGUUAAAUAUGCUUCUCGCUCUCGGAAAUUAAUAUUGGCUCAAAAACUUAGUGAACUCGCUGCAGAAAAGGCAGCUGAAUUGGCAGAAACCCAGACAGAAGAAGAGGAGGAAGAGGAUUUCAGAAGAAAACUGAAUGCUGGUUACAGUCACACCACUACAGAGUGGAGUCAGCCACGGGCCAGAAGUAAAGUUGAAGAAGACACUGAGGACAGAGAAGAGACUGUUCCAGAAGAAAAACUGGAGUCACACAACCACGGGCAGAACUUAUUCCAAAAUGCAAAUUCCCCUGAUAUGCCAGCUCUCAAAUCAGGUGCAGUUUUCUCUAGCAGCCAAGGACGGGUAAACCCCUUCAAGGUGCUAGUUAAUUCCAAAGAACCAGCCAUAUCGAUGAAUUCAACACGCUCAACUAAUAUUUUGGACAAUAUGAACAAAUCCUCCAAGAAGUCCACCCCUCUUAAUCGAGCAGCAAAUAACGAAAAAUCUCCAGUUAUAAAGCCUCUCAUUCCCAAGCCAAAGUCUAAGCAGGCAUCUGCAGCAUCCUAUUUCCAGAAAAGAACUUCACAGGCCGACAAGACAGAGGAAGUAAAAGAAAAUCCUAAAAAUUCAUCAUCUGAAACUCCAGCUAUAUGCCCUCAAAACUCAGAAAACCAAAGGCCGAAGACUGGGUUCCAGAUGUGGCUGGAAGAAAAUAGAAGUCUUAUUCUGUGUGACAAUCCUGACUUUUCGGAUGAAGCGGACAUAAUAAAGGAGGGAAUGAUUCGAUUUAGAGUAUUGUCCGCUGAAGAAAGGAAGGCAUGGACCAACAAGGCCAAGGGAGAGCUUGCCAGCGACGGAGCCGAAGAGAAGAAGCGAAAACGUGAGAUCUGUGAACCAGAAAACCAGGAAGAAGCAGCAAAGGAGAAUUUGGAUCUUUCUAAAAAGCAAAAAGCGUUAGAUCUUUCCACCAAUCAGAAACUGUCGGCUUUUGCAUUUAAGCAGGAAUGAAGGAAGGAAGAGUUGGGAAAUAUUGAAACUUGGCUUCAAAUUUUAAUGGAUCCUGGACUUGUUUUAGUCUUAGGGGAUGUAUUAUUAUACUCCCGUGUGUUUAGAGACAGGGGUGGGCAGGGGUACAGCUCAUUGGUGGAGUGCUUGCCUAGCAUGCACAAGGCCCUGGGUUCCAUUCUUAUUGUCACAGAAGCAAAAAAGAUGAAGUAACGAUUUGCUGCAUCAGCAACACAAGGUAAGAGCUGUCUGUGCAGAUUACUUGCCUUCCCCAGACACAAGCGUCACGAUUACAGUUACUACCGGGGACACCAUCAUUUUUACUGUUUCUUACCUUUAAAAAUCAUUAAAAGCUCAGCCUUAAGACCUCUGCACAUUGUAGUACCUUCUAAGGUUUCCUCCCUCCGUUUAUGUUUCGCAGUAGAAGUGCCAUGGCUGUCGGCUUCCCAAGUGAGUUAUUAUAGAUUACUUUCUUGUCAACUUGACCUCAGGACUGUGGCUUUAAAUAUGGGCCCCAAAAUGUAAAUAAUCUUGUAAAUGAGAUAUGUUAUUUUGUGUGUCUGGGAACUUUUUUCAUCUCUGGCUUUCUGUUGUGUUUGUACAGCCUGGGUCUUUUAAAUAAAUAAAACUUUCUCAUUUGCA